AUGGCGGGAGAAGGCGAAGAAGCUCGGCUCGCGCUCGCGUGGCUCGUGGCCCGGUUUUCGGCAGAGGGCCCACCAGUCCAGCUAGAGCCCGUAGACCUCAGUGUUCGUCCGCCACCGAAAGAUCUGAGGUCCACCGCCAUACGAAUCCGUAGCGGGCUGCUGAAGCGUCCUCCGCCGCCACUCAUCUCAGCACCACACCUGCUAGCGUUAAGGCACAAAACAGAAGACUUAUUCUUUUCGCUCAACACCACCAGUGAGGAUGAAGGUUCCGGAACGGACGCAGCCACUGCCACGAUCGCCGCAGCAGCAUCGAUCGCGGCCGCAGCCAAAGCAUCACCAUCCGCCUUCAGCCCAACCCACGUCCAACUUCUGUCGAGCCUGUGCGGCGACCGCGCCUCAUCCCUCGUCACCAAAUCGAAGCACCGCAACGGGGCCUCCGCGCCAUUCGACCCAUCCGGCGCGGGGCUGGUUCCGGCCGACAACAACAACAGCAUUAGCGUGAACAACAACAACUACCUGCCCAGUGACGGCGACACGAAGCCGACCACCUUCCGGGGGGCCGAAGCAUUUCCUAUCUACAGCAACUACCGCGGUCAACCGCAAAGCCCUACGCACCCGUCGGCGGCGGACCAGAAGGUGGCCACGUUACACCAGCACCUACAGCGCCAUCAGCAUCUGUUUCCGGCGCAGUUUGCCGCCGCCGCCGCAGCCGCCUUCCAUCACCAGCAGCAGCAGCAGGAUGAGCUGCUGGCGGCCACCGGUAGUCGCCGGCGCAGCCAUUCGCCCCUUACGCUCCACGAGCAGCUUCAGCAGCUAUCGGCCGCGUCGGCCGUGGGGCCACCGGUGUCCAAGCUCCUGCCAGGACUGCCGGGUCCACUGGCCGCGUCCAUCGCGUCGAUCGCAUCGAGUUUGCCGCUGAGUGAAAGCGCCACGGCCGCCUUUCAGCGACUGCUGGAGCAACAGCAACCGGCAGUGGCCAAUGCAGCACCCUCCGCACCACCCACCACCAGCAGCCCGUUCCCGAGGCCUCGCACCAGUGCUGGCCCGAGCCCGGAUCGGUACACCGGCAAGCUGACGGACCUUCGGCAUCGUUCCGGGGCGAACGGAGAAACGACGUCGGGAAAGCGACGCGACGGAGGAACUGGUCACCCGCGCCACCACCUACACUACCCAUCGGCGUGCGGGAGUAGUGGCGGCGGUGGCGGGUUCGGCAGCCUCGGCGUGGACCACCUAUCGGCCGCCUCGCUGAAGAGUCUCACGAAGAACCGCAAAAUUCAUCGCUGCGAUGCGUCGGGCUGCGACAAAAUGUACACCAAGAGCUCUCACCUGAAGGCCCACAAGCGAACCCACACCGGUGAAAAACCGUACAUCUGCACGUGGGAAGGGUGUGUUUGGCGCUUCGCUCGUUCCGACGAGCUGACCAGACACUACCGGAAGCACACCGGGCUGAAGCCGUUCCGGUGCAAGCUGUGCACGCGGUGCUUCAGCAGAUCGGACCAUCUGUCGCUGCACAUGAAACGCCAUUGA